GUGAACUUAAUGCAUCUCCUGUUGUUUGUUCCUUUCGCUCCAGCACUACUCAUUGACCUAGAAUUCCCAUCAGUAUGCUCCAAAAAUUGACGCUCUCCUCGGAUCGUUCAUCCAAAAAUUGAUCGGUGUAUGUGUGUGUUCCCUUUGGAUUUCCAUUGCAAUUACAAUGGCGAUAUUAGAUUAUCGCCAAUAUACAGGAGUGCCGAAGAGGGAAACAAAAUCGUCAUCAGUCAGUGGACUCAUGGAAACGAAAUCCUCCAAUAUUAAUAGCGAGAUAACUUCUGUCGGAUAGAUGCUUAUUUUUGUUUUGGAAGUGUUGGAAUGGCUAAGACAAGGAGUAUGACUAGAAACCAACAUCUGUAUUCUCUACUGAUACUGAUGAGAAAGACUACUGCUACCUAGAGAAUUUUGAAGGAAGAAGGUUCUAUACACCAGUUCUCUUAUAUGGAAAGUGAGACAUAUAUAUUUAUGUGAUUGAUGAUACUUGAAACCAAGAAUCAUCCCAAGGCGAACUUAUGCUGGGAUUUUGAGAUGUGCUGAUACCCAUAAUACUGGGAAUGGCAGGUUUUUUAUUGUGAACAUGUGGUACUUUCCCAAUGGUUGUUUGAAUGUUAAUUUCACACAUGACUGAGGAGUUGACACAUGGCAACAUAGGGAAAGGUGUGAUAGAUAACUUUCAUGAUGUGGGGAGAUAUGGUUUGACCUGGCAAUCUUUCGGGAAAACACAAACCUACCCAAAUCAAGCCACCAGUUGACUCAUCACCCUGGUGAACCAUCAUCAAAAGUUAAGCUACAUAUUAGAUCUCCAUGAUUCCUUUGAUUUUGCUGUUACUUAUAUUAUUAAGAUUGGGAUUUUAUUGUACUUUCUAUUUCUAAAGUUAACAUAAUUUCCAAGUCUGGGGGUGCUCUUUUUAGUUUGCCUCCCCUAAAAAUUUAUGUGUUCCAUUUUUGCCAUUUCUGAUUUGUCUGGUCUUUUUGUGAUUGAUUGUGUGUGUGUGUUUAGGUAUCUUGUUAUGAACAUUUCCUUUGGUUUACUUGUAGGAGUUGCAAUCAUGGCAUGGAUAUAUUUCAUAUGGAGGUCUUACAAUUUCUUGCAAAUCAUAUACUUGAGUUCCAUAAUCAUUUUGCCAUUAUUCUCGAAUUAUAUGCUCGGAUACAGCUUUGAUUCACCGUAUUUAUGCUGUCGACUGGCAUCACAAUUGUCUCAAGUACAAUCCCUAGAACUCGACCUUCAAUGCCGUGUCUUUACCAUUGCAGGAAUGGCUAAGACUCGAAGUAUGACCAGAAACCAGAAUCAUGAUAAUGAUGCAUCAUCAUCUAGCAGGAAGAGGAUCGCAAGUUGUGACAACGGUGAUGGGGCACCUUGGUCAGAUCUGGACCAUCAUUUGCUUUUUUUAGUUAUGAUGCAAUUGGGUGUCAUUGAUUUUGUUGCAUUUAGUGGGGUUUGCAAAUCAUGGAGGUCACUUGCACUUGAUAACAGGAAGAUUUUUAUGGCAUCCAGACCACCUAUGUUGAUAUCGAUCUCUCAUCGUUCUUAUAAGAAAGAGUGUUACCUACAGGACUUUGAAGGUAGAAAGUUCAAAACCAUCCUUCCCCGUUCUGCUGACAGGAUCUGUGUUGGAAUAACUUGUGGUUACCUGAUCUUGUUUGGGUGGAAAACCAAAGACUUCAGGCUUGUGAAUCCUAUCACAAGGCACGAACUUCAUUUCCCUUGUUUCCCCUAUAAUGCAAGUACUAAUCUAAAAGAUGUUAGAGCGGGUACUCGAACAUGGAAUCAUGUCUCAUCCACUUUCCCCUUCUUUGCUUUAAUUGCUUUCAAGGGGAAGAUAUAUACCUUAAACAUGGGUUGUCGUUUAUGUGAAAUGAGACUCAAUCCAGAGCCCAAAUUGACGUUACUCCAAACCAAGAUUUUGGACUUUCCAAAGGUAGUCAUGUUAUGUCCGGAGCUUAUAAGUUUGGGUGAAAACCUUUAUUUGAUGAAUCGCGAGUUAAGAGAUUCUUACAAGGUUUAUGAACUAGAUUGAAUGGCAAAGACAAGGAGUAUGUCCAAAAGACAGAAUCGUGGUGAUGGAUGUAGCAGGUUGAGGUUCGUGACUUUAGAAAAAGACCACCGAUUGGAAUAUGGAUCAAUGAGCAGGCUAAUAAGAAAGUGUACUCCGGUACAUGACUUUGAUGGAAGAGAGUUCAAGAUGUGCAUUCCCAGCAAAUCUGGUGGCAAGAUCUGUGUUGGAUUAACUUGUGGUUAUUUGAUCUUGUUCGGGCUUAUGAAUCCUAUCACAAGGCAUGGACUUCGUUUUCCCAAAAUUCCAAGUGAUGUUGAACCUGAUCGAGAAGGAGUCAGGGCUAUUCUAGUCUUUUCACCUUCAAUAUCUGCGUUGGUGCUUGUGGUGUUAUGUAGAUACACCGGCAAAAUAUGGUUUUGA